UCUGAGGAACUGAAAUUCCUCCCUCCGUCAUCGCCUUUUUGCCCUUUCGCCUCCCGACAAACUUGGAUCCUGCAUCACCAACUUGCAUCGACCAUAUCAACGACACUCGUCGAAUUCACUCCGAUCUUAAUCACAGACUACACUACUGCAGCCGCUUCCUCGACUCCUUUCCGUCGGCUCAAGCGCAGCUCUCCUCUGUCAAUCUCGGCAUAUAUCCCGUCCGCACACACUCACCCACACACUCAUAUUUUCACAAUGUUCUCUCGAGGACUUCGCGCUGUCUCGCGGCGAGCUGCUCUCGCUGCUCCCCUCGCCCGCCCUGCCCUCGUCCCUGCGCGACAGCUCGCUCCCGCCGUCGCCGUCAACGCCUCUCGCUCCUACCAUGAGAAGGUGCUCGACCACUACUCGCGGCCCCGAAAUGUCGGGUCCAUGAACAAGAAGGAUCUCGAUGUCGGCACUGGCCUCGUCGGCGCCCCCGCCUGCGGCGAUGUCAUGAAGCUUCAGAUCCGUGUCGACCCCGAGACCCAGAAGAUCUCGGACGUCAAGUUCAAGACCUUCGGCUGCGGUUCGGCUAUCGCUUCCAGCAGCUACCUCACUGAGCUCGUCCGCGGCAUGAGCCUGGAUGAGGCUGGCAAGGUCAAGAACACUGAGAUUGCCAAGGAGCUCUGCUUACCCCCCGUCAAGCUCCACUGCUCCAUGCUGGCUGAGGAUGCCAUCAAGUCUGCCAUCUCGGACUACUACACCAAGAACCCCAACGCCAAGAUCAGCAACCUCAGCGGCACUGGCAUGAAGAUGCCCACUGCCGAGCCUGCCGCCGCCACCGCCUAA